CCAAGCCGUCUAGCCAUUUGCCGAACGCCCUGCUGUAUCCAUUACCGGAACUCUCAAAAAACUAAAUUUUCUGUAUCCCGUUUCUUCUGCAAUCUUAAUUUGUCUCCAUUCUCCAAAUUGUUCAGUCUCAUCUCACUAUUUUCAGCCUAUUAGCUGAUACGUUCCGUCGUCCAACUGACGACAGCAUUUAACCAUUGUAACAGACGUCUGAGAUCAACAAGAAACUGUUAAUCAUGUCUGACGAACAACCGAAAGAACAGGCCAACGGCACCAACGACAACAAUGGCGUCGAACAAUCAAACCAAGAAGAGCAGGUCAAAGAAGAUGAUAGGUAACGUUUUGAACCGAUUUGUUAAGUUUAGUGAUUCGCAAUUUAAUUAUGACUUCACUGACCUACAAUUUACGCUGACUUCGAGGGCUAGGCAAAUUAAAAUUUGGUUGCCGCCAACGCCCGAUUUGGAUAUAAUUGUCUCUUUUGAAAUUUUACUUUCAUAUUCUGUAUAAUGCCUUUUUUAAAUUAUUGUCCACAAUGUUUAAUGAUUUUUCCGAUUUUGCUAUGUUAUUUUUAGGUAGGUAGUUUAUUACUGCUCAGUCCAUAUUUAAAUAAUGAAUGUUUGUUAUAGAAAUGGGUUUGUUGUCCUUAUAAAAUUGGUAUUAUUAAAUAAGUAUGGUUUAUCUUGUUCUAUGUAAACAUAGUAAUUGGUGGAACAAACUUGAAUUUUGUUAUCAUUACUAUUAAAAUUGUCUUUUUAUUAACAAUUUGACCACUCUGUUUUAAUGUGUAAUAUAUUUCCAUGUGUGAAUUUCUUAACCUAACCACCUUAAAGUUAUUAAUUACCCAAUCCAUCAUUUUUACCCUUUUCUGAUCUGUUAUGCCUAAAAGAUAUGGCAAUAUUAUUUGAUAACAUUCAUGUAGGUAGUGUGAAUUUUUAUAUUUCAGAAUAAGUCAAUGUUGGAUUCAUCCAUUUAGGUAUUCAGAUAUUUUUGAUGAAGAUACUAUCUUGGUAUCAAAUUGUUUAAUCUAUUGAUUCUAUAAAUUGUCAAAAAAUUAUCCCUUUUUUUUACCUAUACCUUUAUAUAAUAUGUAACACAUGUUCAUAGUUUAUAUAUCCUUUAAGUUAAAAUAUUAUUCAAUUAGAUUUUUGCUACACUUCAUGCUUUCUGUAUGUGAACUGAUAAAUAUCUCUAUUGCUGCAUACAUGUAUGAUUUUUUAGAAUAUUUACUUAACAUAGCUCACUUAAAUUGCUAAAAAUGUUUUGUUUGUGACACUUUUUUUUGUAUGUUAUGUAGUUUUUAAAUAAUCUAUAAAUCUACCCAAUUGUAUAACAUAGCUAUUUUAAAAUAAAAUAGUUUUACCAUUUUGGAACAUCAAGUGUAGCAAAUCAAAAAUUGCCUUAUUUUUUCCCGUAAUUAUGAUUUAAUAUUGUGUACAUUAUAUAUUAAUAUACAAAAUAUAAUUUCAUUAUAAUAUAGAUACUCCUAAGUAUUACACAAUUUAAAAUUUUCUAAACUAAUUAUAUUUGUGUAUAUUAAUAUAUAAAAAAAGGUAUUUUAUAUAGGUAUAAUAUAUAUGCAUAAUACUUCUCAUUAUUAUUACAGAAAACUCGUGCAAAUUGUUUAAUUCAGUAUUAAAUUAAACCAAAAUAUUCUUUACAAUUUUUUUUUUAAUUUAAAUUUACUAUGACCAAUUCAACGAAAAAAUGUUGUAAAUAUUGUGUAAAACUUUGUUACCUAUUAAAAAUACUUAUAAUACUUCAAUUAUUGACAGAUUAUAAGUAAGUAUUGCUGUAUUGGUCAUAAAGAGACGCUACUAUUGAAUUAAUUAUUGUUUGAUUCAUUUUUAUUAGAGCAUAGCCUUUAAUGUUGGUUUAUAAGAGUUUUAAGUUUUAACUGAAUUUGUAACUUACAAUAAAUUGGUUAGGAUAAUUAAAUCAAUUAUUUAUCAUGUAACUUAAGUUAAAUAACUUGUACAUUUUUUGUUUGAUUUUUUUUUUAUUACUUAUUAAUAAUGUUAACGUAUAAUGUUUAUAUUAAUAAUUGUGUUAACUUAAUGAAGAUCUUCAAAUUGGCUUACCUACUUCUCAAGGGUUACAAAUUCUUCUCAAUGGGCUUCAAGAUCCUUUACUUUGGAUGCAAACAAACUAUUUUAACUAAAAUAACAAUUUGUACAAGCAGAAAAGUUAAUGUAAAAUACUUUUCAUGAUAAUCUGCGUCUCUUCAGGACCGUAUAGGCAUAUGUAUCGAUUACCUUUCAACGUGGUGUAUAAAUAUGCGCAGGUGACGAUCAUGUCAUUCAUUGAAGAACGGAUGUUUUAAUAAUGGACACAUUGUACAACAGGUAUACGUUUGACACCGGCUGACUGUUUUUAAUGCGGCGGCUGAUGCAGUAUCAUCACCUACCAAAUGGUAGGAAUCAUUAAGUAUUAAACAAUAAAUAAAUGGAGAAUGAACUGUAUAAAUAAAUUUAAUAAUGAAUUUAAAAAAAAUUAACUGCAUCGAGUUUCAGUAAAAACUGUUUUAGAGUAAAUAUUAUAUUGAAGUUCAAGAAAAAAACAUUUAUGCAAUUUAUUAUGUUACAGUUCUCGUCACUAAAUUAUAGACACAUUGAUUCAUUGCAGAAUUUGUUGGCCUAAGAUUUUGUUUUGAACGACAAUUUAUGGCCUGCUUGUGUAGUAUUUUAAAUAAAUAAAUUUAAAAAAAUUUGUUCUGAUGUAAUUCUAAUAAAAUUUUGUAUUCUGAAUUUAUAUAAUUAAGUUAAAAUAUAUAUGGAUAUAUCAAUUCAUUUAUUCUUUUUCUAUUUUUUUUUUUUUUUAUUUUUUUAUUUUUUUUUUUAAUUUUAUUUUUUUAUUUUUUGUAGGUUCCUCAUUCUCCUAAUAAUUUUAUUAUUUUAAAGAUUGUGUGUUUGCAAAUUGGCAAACAAGCAAUGUUUGGUUAUGGGAAUUAAAAAUUAAUAUUAAGUAAAAAAUCCAAGAAAUAAGUAUAAAAUAUAAAAAAAAACUUGAAAUUAUACUGUUGACUGUAAAAAAAUUGAUAUUAAUAUUAAUAUCUUGAGUAAAAAAAUAUUAAUAGUAUCUAAAACGUUUAGAUUACUAGGAUUCUAUAAUUGUUUUUCAUAAUUUAAUUUUAAUAAUGGUUAAUAAAAAUUUAUCCAUUGAUUUUUUAUUUUGGAUUUUUUACAUUUUAGUUUAAGAAUUUCUAAUAGCUGUGAAUUUGUUUUAAGACUAAAUGUAAAUUAUUAAUUUUGUGUAUUUUUUUCUCGAUAUUUCUCUUAAAUCCUACUUGUUGAAUUAGCUAUCAGUACAAAAAUACAGCUAUGAGAAAUAUAAUAAUUGUAUAGAGCUUUCAAAUACAAUUCAUGAUGUUGAAAUAUAUUUGAAAGUUCUUAAAUCAUAAAAGUCCUUUUUAUUCUUGUCCUUGAGUAUUCCACAACAUUUUUUUUGUCUUUACUAGGUACCUAUCUUAUAACUAUUUUACAUAUAUUUAUGACUAGGUUGUAGGUUGAUUAUACAAUUAAUUGAUGUACUUUGUUAAUUAAAAACAUUUUAUGGGAAAUAAAUCAAAUUUAAUAAUUUAAGGUUGAAAACAGUGUUUUAUAUAUUGGUCUGAAAUUAAAUUUUAAAAAAUAUAUAUUUUGAUAUCAAUUAGUAAUUGUUCUUGUUUUUUUUUUUUUUUUUUGUUUUUUUGUUUUUUUAUACUUAUACCUAUAUAAAUAAUUAUAUUACUAUUAUUACUAUUAUUAUAAUUAUGAUUAUUACUGCUAAUAAAAAGUUGCUAUGCGUCUAUGCUAUAUAAUAUCUUAUAUUGGGGAAAAUAAAUGUGAAUUCUUGUACGGGUUUGGAUUAAUUUUAUUUUUUAUGAACAGCGCAAUCUUUGUCUUAUAUUCCUUAUCUUGAUUAUAUCCCAUUUAUAAUCUACUUAAAAAAAAAUUAUUUUACUAUUUUAUCUAAUUUAAAUUAUUUAAUUUUAGGAAAUUAUUUGUUGGCGGCUUGAGUUGGGAAACUACAGAAAGUGAGUUGAUUUUUCAUAUCAUUAGUUUAACUUAAUAUUUCACUUUGUGGAGAUUAAGAAAUAAAAAGUCAAUUAAUUACGUUAUUAUUUUUGUUUAUAUAGAAAAUAUGUAAAGAUUGAUUAUUGAUAAAUAAUUUAAUUAAUUAUAAUAUUAGCCAGUGGUUAUUAUUUUUGUAGGCAGUAUGAUAAAUUAGAAUGUGUACCUGCCUCUAUUGUUUUUAUUAUAGACAAGCCAUAAGGUUAAAUAAGAAAAUAUUUUUUUAAAAUAUGUUGACAAUUUAAUAUCUCUUUGAUAAAACAUUUAUUAUCUAUUAUUUUUGAAAUAAUUUUUUUUUUUGAACAAUUUAUAUAAAAAAAAUGGCUCUACAAUUUUAUUUUACAGUUAUUUUUUACUUUUCUUAUUUCUGAAUGUUAAAUAACUGUAUCAGCUUUUUGAUUUUCAAAGAACGACUUGCAUUAAAAUUAUAUAAAUUAAUGAUAUGUUAUUUAAAAUACACUUUAGUUUUGACAUUUUUUUUUAUAAUUAUUUUGUCUAAUAUACAUUUCUAGAUUUUUAAAUAAAAGUGAAAAAAAAUUAAUUGUUUUAUAUUAUUACAUUUUUUUUUUUUUUUUUUAACAGAGGAAUUAAAAGAACAUUUUGUUCAAUAUGGAGAAAUUACAAACAUAAGCCUGAAAACAGACCCUGCAACUGGACGUUCAAGAGGGUUUGCUUUUAUCAUUUUUAAGUCUGUUGAUGGAUUGAAUAAUGUAAUUUGUUGUAAUAAUUUGAUAUUUAUAUAUAUGUAUAAAAUAUUUUAAUUUGGAUGUAGGCUUUUGCUGCUGGUGACCAUGUGAUUAAUGGAAAGAAGAUUGAUCCUAAAAAGGCAAAGGCCAAACAAGAGAAAGUGUUUGUUGGUGGAUUGCCAUCUGAUGUUACCAAUGAUGAAAUCAAAGAUUUUUUUGGAAAAUGGGGUGUUAUAGUUAACUUGGAAGUUCCCUUUGAUAAAAUGAAAAACCAACGCAAAGGCUAUUGUUUUAUUACAUACGAAUCUAGUGAUAAGGUACAAGAUCUAUUCAAAACUGCAAAACAAACUAUUAAGGGCAAAGAAGUAAGUAUUUAUUGUUCCGUUUUUUCUUAUUUCAAAUUCUUCAUAAUCUUUAUAUUAUAGGUAGAUGUUAAAAAAGCAGCACCCAAGCCUGCCAAUCCGUAUGCUAAUCCAAAAACCAUGAGAGGUCGUGGAGCUGCUCGUGGAGGUAAAUUGAGUUGCAUUAUUUCUUACCAAUAGUAAUUCAAAUUUGCUUUUUAUUAAAAUUCUAAGUAAUUCCAACUAAAAAAUUAAAAACAUUUAAUUUUUUUUAUGAACUGUUGUUAAAUACAAGAAAGGAAAUUCUUAGUUUUAUUUUGUUCAAAAUUACUUUGGUGUUUAUAUUAUUUUAAUAAAACAUUUUAUGCAUAUAUUUUAGAUAUAUUUUCACAAAAUAUCUUAAUAUUUUUUUAAUAGCUGUUGCUAAAAUUGUUUGAUACGUUUUAAUAUUUUUAAAAAAACCAAAGUUCAACAAACAAAUUAUUCUUUUUUUGUAUUUAACAAUUUAUUAUUCUACAUUUUUUAUUUUAUUUUUUUCAAUGCCUGCAUUUAUUUCUGUAGCUUAAAAAUAUGUGAUUAUUUUGGCUUUAUUUUUCAAAAUAAUCUAGUAGCUUAAGAUAGUUGGCUAUUGAUCAAUAUUACAUAAUUUGGCUUAUAUUGGUAAACUAUCAGUUUCUUCACUUAAUAUAUAUGUUAUAACUUAUUUUUUACAAAAAAAAAUGACUUCAUAUAAUAUAUUCUAUUGAAUUUAAUUAAUUCAAAUUUGGUGUCUUUAUUUUGGAUUAUAUUAAUUUAGUAUCUGAAAAUAAAUUAUUUUAAUUUGUAUUGCGUCCCUGGUUUAUCAUUUGGUAUAAAGAAUUAAAAUGGAAUACUAGUUUGCAUUCAAUAGGUAUUAUAAUAGUAAAACAGCUAAAAGUAAUAUAAUUUUCAGAAGAAGUCAUUAUUACAGAAUUGAAAGGUAAGUGAAACGAUGGAAUAAUUUUAUAGAACCGAGUAACCACAUUUUUGGAACUUAGUGCGUUUGUAUGUGAUACUAAAAGUUAAAAUGUUUUUUUUUAAUUAUAAAAUCAUGUGUGCUUAUAUUUUUGUAAUUCUAAGAUUAUUUUUUUGUAUCAUCAUACUCUUAAUUAGCGCCCCCGAGCAGCCACUGCCAACGAUAAUUUCUUUCAAUCUAUUUCUGGCGUAAUUUUCUCUACAUCUUCUUCACUCUAUUUUCCCACCUUAAUCUCGGUCUUAUUUAUGCAAUAAAAUUAUUUUGUUAUUUUAACUGAGCAUAAACUUCUCCUAGAAAAAUUAAUUUACCUGGGUCGCAAUACAUUAAUUUUAAGGAACACAAUUAUUUAGUUUCUUCAAAUGUUUAUAACCAUGCACAAUUUUACUGCAUAUUCAUUUUUAUUUAUGCUUCAGCUUUCAAUUUAAUUAUUGAAUGAUUAAGACUUAAUAAAGAAACAUAAAAACAUCAAGCAACUAUUUUAUAUCAUUUUAGUUAUGUUGAAAAUAUAACCAUUUCACGGGAAUAUAUUUGUUUUCAUAUAUGUAUAGUAUUAAUAUGUUAUGCUGAAACAAAAGGUUUAAAUCAAAUUUUGUUUGGGAAAAAUAAUUAUUCUUUUUUAAAACAAUUUUUGGAAAUUAAAAACAUUGGUUUUUAAUGGGUAUUCAAUUUUUAUCUCAAUUAAACUAAAAAAUUGCCUAAUAUUCUUUAAAAUAAAAUUAUUUUUUUAACCUUUUUUGUUUCAGCAUAUGGGCCGUAUGCUGCACCAUACGGGACAUAUGGAGGUAAGAUUAAUUUUCUUUAGAAAAUUAUAUAAAUUCAUAUUUUGUAUUAAAUAUUUAAAACUAAUUCAUACUAAAAUAACUAAUUUUUUAUUAGUUCAAAUUAAUUAAGGAAAUUGUAUUUAUAAUUUCUUUAUAUUAUACUCUAUUAAUAUAGAGUAUUAUUAAUACUCUAUUAAUAUUUUAUUUUUCGAAUACUGAUAUACUGUAUACAAAUACUGAAUAUUGAUCAUAUGCUUGUUUAUCAUCUCUGGGUUUUUUGUAUUGUGUUUGUUACAGUGUUGUUUUAGAUUACAUUUAAGGAUUUUUAUAAAAAUUCAAUAAUUUAAUAUAUAACAUUAUUGAUGAUUAACUAAUGUCAAUAUAUUAAUAUAUUAAUUAGUUCUGCUACUGAAUAUAAAUCUAAGAUAUAAUAUGAACUAAUAAUUUUGCAACAAAUAGUUUAUAUUUUAAAUAAGUUUUUAUUUUUAUGAUGACAGAUAAUUUAGUCAGUUCUGCUACUGAGUGUUAAUUGAAGAUAAUAUUAUUCUGAAAUUAUUUUUCCAUAAUUGAUUUUUAUACUUAUGAUGAAUUAUUAUUUGUCAGUUCUGCUACUGAGUAUUAAUUGAAGAUAAUGAUAUUCUGAAAUUAUUUUGCAGCUUCAGGUUUAUUAUUUUUAUGAUGAAUUAUUUUGUCAGUUCUGCUACUGAAUAUAAAUUGAAGAUAAUAUUAUUCUGAAAUUAUUUUUCCAUAAUUGAUUUAUACUUAAAUUAAUUUUUAUACUUAUGAUGAAUUAUUAUUUGUCAGUUCUGCUACUGAGUGUUAAUUGAAGAUAAUGAUAUUCUGAAAUUAUUUUGCAGCUUCAGGUUUAUUAUUUUUAUGAUGAAUUAUUAUUUUGUCAGUUCUGCUACUGAAUAUAAAUUGAAGAUAAUGAUAUUCUGAUAAAAUAAAUUUGUUUUGUUUACAUUAAUGAUGAAUUAUUGUUUGUCAGUUCUGCUACUGAGUAUUAAUUGAAGAUAAUGAUAUUCUGAAAUAAUGUAUUGCUUGGUUAGUGAUUCCUAAUGAGAAAUGUCUGUUUUUAGCAGUGCUGUACCUAGUGAAAUCGGCCCCCGGUGCCAGAAUAUUUUACCGAUUAACUAAAAAAAAAUAUCUAACCAGUUUGUAGAGUGUUUGUACAUGCGUCUUUUAUGUUAACAUUUUCAUUAAUGGACUGUUCUCAUAGCGUAAAAAACAUAGUAUUGUGUGGGCCACCUGAAUAAUUAUGAAAUUCUCAUGUACUAUAGUUUUUAAAAUCUAUAAAUAACAUGUAAUUUUAAAAGGAUCAUUUAGUUCUGCUACUAAAUUUAGUUAAAGUUGUCUUUUAUAAUAUAGUUACUAAUGCAAUUUAAAAUAACUGUUUUUUUCUCCUAAAUAUUUUUGAAGCUAUUUUAAGAUUUAAAUUCUAUAAUUUUUAAUACGAUAAUAAUUGUUUACAGCAUACCCUCCCCAAGGAUAUGACUAUUAUGGAGGAGCUGCUUACCCCGGUUAUGAAGCUGACUAUUAUGGUAGUUAUGGAUAUGCAGGAUAUGGUAAGAAUUAAAAUAAAGUAAUUGAAAAACAAUAUGGGUAAAUGUACAUAAUAGAGUAAAACCUCAUGGUUCCUUCUUUGAUAGGAAUGCUAAAUACUACCAUUUACCUGUCAGCUGUAUAUAAUUUAAUUAUUGCUAAACAAAUAAAUUGCUAAUCAUUUAACUGAUUAACAUUUAUAGGUGUAUAAACUGAUUAUUUUAAUUUUCUUUUUUUUAGACUACGGAUAUGGUUAUGAAGCACCACCAGCUCCUGUUUCUGCUACUAGAGGCCGAGGUAAUAUAUAAAUAAAUUAAUAAAUUCCGAUUAACUAUCAAAUAAUUAAUAUUCUACUUAUUUUACAGCUGCGUUUAAUGGUGCAGGUAAAACCAGAGGAGCAUCUCGAGGAUCUGGCGCUAGACAUGCUCCAUAUUAAACAUUUUUCUACUAAAGUUUCUCCCUUAUUUUGUGUGUGUUUGUAUGUGUGCGUGUAUACACUAUAAAAUGACAUUAUCUUUUUAUAUAAAAAAAUCAUUUUCCUUGAUGACAAUAAUGGACUUGUAAAAAUAAUAGAAUGACACUUUUCUCUAUUUAGUGAUUUAUGUUGGAAACAUAAUAAAUAUAAUGUACAAAUAAAAUACUAAAAAUUAUAAUUAUUUAUUUAAGCACAAAUAUAAUUUUUAGUAAAUUUAAUAUACAUUUUUUCUACUUCUUAGGUUAGUAUUAUAUUUUUAUUUUCCAAUGAAUAAAAAGUAAUUACAUUUUUAAAGACUGCACAUUUCGUGCAUAUAUACUAGUUUGUUUUGGUUUACCUUGUAUGUUUUUAUAUGAUAAAUUUAAUUGAGUGUUUGAUUUUUUUUUUUUAUAUAUAAUAUGUUUAUCUUUUUAUAGGAUCUUAUUAAAGAUCAUAAAAUUCUUUUAAAUUACAAAUAGAUAUAGAUAUGAUUGUCCCAUUAGAAGUUUUUAUGUAUUUAUUUAUUUAUAAAUUAGAUAAUAAACUGGUAUUCAUGAUAUAUUUUAUUUAUGAAUAUUCGAUACUGAUUAGCUACUUUAAUUAAUAACCUUUAUAUAAUAUAUAAGAUCACUAAACUAGACUUAGUUUGGUGGAUGAUAUUUUAGUGAAUUUAAAAAAAAAAAACUGUCAAAUUAACUUUGCAUAGUUAAAUUUGUGUAUUGAUUGUUUUAUUAUUAAAAUCGACUUAUGUUUGUCAAUUUAUCCAUAACUAGUUAAAAUGUCUAAUUACGAAAUAGUAUUGAUUCAAUUAUGAAGAUUUGACAAUUUAGUUGAAAACAAACACUUUUGAUUUAAUCUAAAAUAAAAUAUAGGUUUUCAUAUUAUACCAAUCAUAAUAUAUGUAUUAUACUUUUUUGUAACAAGGCGUUUUCAUAAUAUAAAAAUUACGUUGCAAUAUUAUAUUCAUAAACUUGAUUUUUUUCUAAAUAUAUACAUAAAUAAAGAUUUUAAUUUGUACGGUAUUUUCCUGUUUUUUU